UACUCUCCCCCGCUGUUCUCUUGCCCGUAGUAGCCAUGGCGGCUAUGAGUCUUUUGCAUCGGGCUUCGGUUUCUGCAGUGGCCGCUCUGUCCGGCCGCCGUCUUGGCACUCUACUUGGAUUCGGAGGCUUCCUCACCCGUGACUUUCCGAAGACUGUCGCUCCUGUGCGACACAGUGGAGACCAUGGGAAAAGACUGUUUAUCAUCAAGCCUUCCGGAUUCUAUGACAAACGUUUUUUGAAAUUACUGAGAUUCUACAUUUUGUUGACUGGGAUUCCAGUAGUAAUUGGCAUAACUUUGAUAAAUGUAUUCAUUGGUGAAGCUGAGUUAGCAGAAAUUCCAGAAGGCUACGUCCCAGAACACUGGGAAUAUUUCAAGCAUCCUAUAUCAAGAUGGAUUGCCCGAACUUUCUUUGAUGCUCCUGAAAAGAAUUACGAAAGAACAAUGGCUAUCCUUCAGAUUGAAGCUGAGAAGGCUGAAUUACGAUUAAAGGAGCUGGAAGUACGAAGAUUAAUGCGAGCAAGAGGCGAUGGCCCCUGGUUUCAGUAUCCAACCAUCGAUAAGGCACUUAUUGAUCAUUCUCCAAAAGCAACCCCUGACAACUAAUCUUUCAUUUCUCUAAGUACAAAGUAUAUUGUCUUUAGGUGAAAAUAAAUUACUAAAUAUAUUCUGUAUUUUUUCUGUGUGAUAAAUGAAAGAUCAUUUUUAUUGCUCUGUUUCUCAGUAUUGGUUCAGAUUAAGGCUGUUUUGUGUGCGAUUUCAUUUUUUCCUCAGAUUUACUGAGGUGUAACUGAUAAAGUUGUAAGAUAUUUAAAGUGUACAUUAUGAUGAUUUGAUAUAUAUUGUGAAAGGCAGAUUCAGGUUUCUGGUUUGGGGCUUUCAGUUUCCUCUUUUAAGGUUUUCAGUUCAGUUCAGUCGCUCAGUCGUGUCCAACUCUUUGCGACCCCAUGAAUCGCAGCACGCCAGGCCUCCCUGUCCAUCACCAUCUCCCGGAGUUCACUCAGACUCAGGUCCAUCGAGUCCGUGAUGCCAUCCAGCCAUCUCAUCCUCGGUCGUCCCCUUCUCCCCCUGCCCCCAAUCCCUCCCAGCAUCAGAGUCUUUUCCAGUGAGUCAACUCUUCGCAUGAAGUGGCCAAAGUACUGGAGCUUCAGCUUUAGCAUCAUUCCUUCCAAAGAAAUCCCAGGGCUGAUCUUCAGAAUGGACUGGUUGGAUCUCCUUGCAGUCCAAGGGACUCUGAAGAGUCUUCUCCAACACCACACUUCAAAAGCAUCAAUUCUUCGGCGCUCAGCCUUCUUCACAGUCCAACUCUCGCAUCCAUACAUGACCACUGGAAAAACCAUAGCCUUGACUAGACGGACCUUAGUUGGCAAAGUAAUGUUUCUGCUUUUGAAUAUACUAUCUAGGUUGGUCAUAACUUUUCUUCCAAGGAGUAAGCAUCUUUUAAUUUCAUGGCUGCAGUCACCAUCUGCAGUGAUUUUGGAGCCCCAAAAAAUAAAGUCUGACACUGUUUCUACUGUUUCCCCAUCUAUUUCCCAUGAAGUGAUGGGACCAGAGGCCAUGAUCUUCGUUUUCUGAAUGUUGAGCUUUAAGCCAACUUUUUCACUCUCCUCGUUCACUUUCAUCAAGAGGCUUUUUAGCUCCUCUUCACUUUCUGCCAUAAGGGUGGUGUCAUCUGCAUAUCUGAGGUUAUUGAUAUUUAAAUAUGAUAAAAAAAAUUCAUAGAAAUUGGAAUUUGUGAACUCAUAAAAGGUAUAGCUUUGAAAGAUUAAUGUUUUACUUGUCUGAUAAAUGGAAGUUAGAGAAAUCUAUGUUGAAUAUCAGGAAAUAUGCAAUUUCAUACAUGUGAGUUGUAGAUACCUAGAUUACUCAAGGGCUACUCAGAAUUUUAAGUUAUACAAAUGUUGAAUCAACUAUAUAAAACAUUAACACCUUAAUAAAC